AUGGAUAUUGAAUCACUUUUUGGAGUUAACGGUAAAAAAGUAUUGAUAACUGGUGGCUCAAGAGGAAUUGGUCUGAUGAUAGCCAAAGGAUUUGUAUCUAAUGGAGCUAAAGUUUAUAUUUCUUCGAGAUCUUCAAAUGCUUGUGAUCAAUUAAAAUUAAAACAAAUUAUACAAACGAAAAUGUUAUUAUCAGGCCCAGGUGAAGCAAUUAGUUUACCAGCAGAUUUACAAAAAUUGAGUGAAGUUAAAAGAUUGGUUUCAGAAAUUGAGAAAAGAGAAGAUGGAAAAUUGGAUGUAUUAGUUAAUAAUGCAGGAGCAAAUUGGGGUGAAAAAUUUGAUAAAUAUCCUGAUGAAGCCUUUGAAAAAGUAAUGAAUUUGAACCUUAAAAAAGUCUUUAGUUUAACUCAAGCUGCCAUGCCAUUAUUAGAAAAGGCUGCUACACCAGAAGAUCCUGCAAGAGUAAUUAACAUAAGUUCCGUUAGUGGCAUCCAAGUUCCAUAUUCAGAAACAUAUGCCUAUGAUGCAUCCAAAGCGGCACUAAACCAUUUGACCAAAGUCAUGGCCGGACAUUUAUCACAACGUAAUGUGACAUUUAAUGGUGUGCUGCCAGGUCCAUUCGAGACGAAGAUGAUGAAAAAAACUUUAGAGGAUUAUGGGAAAUCAAUAGUUGCAGGUAUACCAUUGGGCAGAAUUGGUAGACCGGAAGAUCUUGCUGGUACUUGUAUCUAUUUGGCGAGUAAAGCUGGCGCAUUUACUAAUGGUGCAUUGAUAACUGUCGAUGGUGGUGAUACUUGUAAACCUAAAUUGUAA